CUGGAGGAUUUGGCGGCGCGGCGCGUCAUUGACGUUCACUUCCUGAUCCGGCUGUCAGCAAAUUUGCAAGCAGAACCAAGACGCAGUGUAAGCAAGCCUCUGCUGUGCCGUCAAGCUCGCUUGCGUUCUUCGCUCAAAAAUCAACAAGACCUUUAGCUCCAAGCGGUUCUCCUAAAACGCGUUUCACCAGCCGGAGCGAACAAGCAAACCGGCCAGCAUAUGUCGUCGCCGCCGCCGGAGAUCCUGUCGCUGUCUUGGGGUCGCAUGACCGUGAAGGGGGCGGCGGCGCCCUACAAGGACUGCAAAGUUUGGCCCGGGGGCAGCCGCGCGUGGGACUGGCGCGAGACCGGCACCGAGCACCGUCCCGGCGUCCAAGUGGCCGACUUGCAGGAGGUGCUGGACAAGGGAGUGGACCUGCUGCUCAUCGGUCGAGGCAUGGACAUGGCCCUGCAGGUUCCAGCGUCCACGGUGGACCAGGUGACUGCGACGGGCGUCCAAGUGCGGGUCCUGCAGACGGAGGCGGCGGUGGCCGAGUACAACCGCAUGGCCAGAGGCGGAGCUAAUGUAGGCGGAGUCUUCCACUCCACCUGCUGAGAAAAUGUUGCAAAUCAAACGACACGAGUCAGUCCGGGCUUUAAGUCAGCCCCGGACCAUGGCUCAGCCCUGGACCAUGAGUCAGCCCCGGACCAUGAGUCAGCCCCCGGGUAUUCUGUCACCACGUGUCGCAAAUCAUUGAAAUGAGUGCACAUUGAAUUGCAUUCGUCCAUUCUCGAAACGAAUAUCAUGCCUCAAUAAAAAUAUUGUGCAAGCGCAUCAUUCAA